GACAAUAACGUUAUCUGUGUAUAUUGAUUCUAUUCAAUAUACGAAGUGUAUAAAAUCUCUGAUCUGGACCGAUGUAGUGUUUGCUUAUUCAGCAAAUCAUAGAUUCGGCUCCGGAACCUUUCGGACAAGUCUUGCAAGACUAUGAAAUACAUAUACAUACACAGUUUCGUAAUAUCUCAUCCGUCUUCUACUUAAUCACCUUCCCAAUCAUUACGUAUAAAGUUCUCUUACCACAUGAACAUGGCAUCUACGAUUAAGCCUGGACUUCCAACUUUCCACCACCUCGACGUAAGUGGGGCGACCAUGCCAUCGGAUCCAACUCUUAGACCCAGCAUCACCCCGCCUCACCCACAUAUACUGACAGCACCGCUCAUAUAGAAUUCCCAAUCUCAACGAGUUCUCUGGUUCCUCGAAGAACUAGGAAUCGAAUACAACCUCGUAUGCCAUAAACGCAUUGAAGGUCGCGCGCCACCCGAGCUCAAAAAUGUACAUCCUAUGGGAAAAGCCCCCGUCCUUGUCACAUCCGACAACAGACCCAUUGUAGAAAGUAGUGCAAUCCUUGGAUAUCUGAUCGAUACAUACGAUAAGGAGGGAAGAUUUGCGGCGCAAGAUAAAGUGCGCGAUGAGAUUUUGACUUCGUUUGCUGGAUCGACUAUUGGAACCAUUUCAGUGGUUGAAUUGAUAUUUGAUAUUGUGGCACAGAAAUCUCCGUGGCCAUUAUCGAUAUUGAUGGGCGGUGUCAAGUCAAAUAUACAUAAGAGUUUCACGGGGCCGGAAUAUGCAACACAGUUUGAAUACUUGGAGAAAGAAUUGACAGAUGAAUGGUUCAAUGGGAAGAAUCUAGGACGGCCAGAUGUGAUGUUGAGUUGGCCUGUGGACUUUUUGGCCGCGAAGAAGUAUGUAGACUUUGAGAAAUACCCGAAGAUUCUGCAGUGGAGGAAUAGGAUACAAAACAGAGAUGCUUGGAAGAGGGCGUUGGAAAAGGGUAAUGGGUAUGAUCUGAUGAAGGUGUAAAGGGGGGAAGUGCGUAGUGUUUUCCCGGGUUUCAAUGUAAGAGCAGCGAGUAUUUCUUUCCGUAAGGAUGUGUCGUUAUGUCAAAUCUAAUACGGCAUGGAUGUUAGUACGUUCGAUGCUUAUUGUACUUCUUUGUAACAUUUGUCGAAAUACAUUUAU